ACGGACGGACAGCCACCCGGCCGCCGGACCGUCGGUCGGUCCGGCGCUUUGCUCGAUCCUACUCUCCCUCGGACGGGAGCCUCUCACCACGCCAGAAGCUUAUCUUCGUGGCGCGAGAAGAAGGGGGGGGAGUAAAUGGACUCUGACUGGAGUGCGACUAGACUUUUGGUCUCGUGGAUCAUAUUCGAGAGGCGUUUGUCUAAGCCACCCGUAGCAGGUAGUAGCCACGGCCAGGUUCAGGGUUAGGGCCUAGACAGGCAGGCGGGCAGCUCGAUGAGAGACUUGGUCCUUGCUUUGGGGCUUACCGGCCACUUUCGAGGAAGACGAUGCUACGUAUAAGAUCACAGGGUUUGGGAGCACGACGUCUUGGUCUGUCGUUGGAUCAUCGACACUUCUCCUGCUCUAUUCAGUCACCUUCUCCUAGCAAACUCUCUCCUCUACCGUACGCCUUCUCAUCCAUCAUGCCUUGCUGUGGUCCUUGGCGUGCGCGUCAUGUGUGUGGACACAUGCUCAUCCCAUUUAUGAUCGUACUGGUAGUCAACCUCAUGUGGAUCACCACUCCCCUUGCCGGUCCUCUCUUACCGUCGGACAAAGUCAUCAACAUCAUUCAACAGACGGUGCAGCCAGUUGUCGUAUUCGGCAUCACUGCUGUGGGUCUGAAAGCCACUGCUGGUCUCAGAUGGAUGGCCGCACGAUCGAACAAAGGAGUUAAGCUUGCCGACCUCCUUGGAAAGACUGGUCCUUCAGGCUUUCGUCAUACCACAAGUGUACGAGAAGUCAUGAUCUACGUCCUGCUCGGUGUCGCCACGUUCAUACACUUGACAAUCAACAUUGUAGACAUGCCGAAAGUACUUGUGCCCGGCUUCUCCGUUGAUGUCGAGGGCAACGUAUCGAUCCCUCGCAUCAAUGGGUCAACUUUAGAGGCUAGCUUCGUGUUCAUCAACGACUAUUUCAACGAGCCGCUGAAUUUGGACGACUACCUGAAAAGUACGGGACUGGACGUCGACAGUGACGCACUCUAUGGCCCAAGUCUUUUCGCAGUCAGUGGAUUCCGCCAGCCGGACUACAACUUCACAGACCUAGAGGUCGAGAUACCGGCCGUUCUGUUACUCCUCCAGACUUACAAUACCAACGCUACCGCCGACGUGUUCUUCGGAAAAUUGAGACACGACUGGGGCCCCAAUAUCCUGGAAGAUUUCGAUGUCACGUACCCUGUCCAAUUUGCCUGGUCGAAUGGCGACCUUUUGGAUGAAAUGGUACUUUGUCUAACGCCGCCAGCCGAUGUCGACAAUCAAACACUUUGUGCGCACAUAGAGUACCAGCUAGUAAUGGCUUCUGUUGCAUACGACAGCGACAGAAGAAUUCGUGGCUCUUGGAUUCUUGGCCAGGUCAGCGAAGAAGCCCGGAGCGAGAUGGGGUGGGGACAUUACAACAUCAAUUCCCUGGACGGAGCUUCAUUUGCGGCGAGUUUGGGGGAUCAGUGGGAUCGUGCUCAGGCGGAAACCCUACUUCAGCAAACCUUGGCGAUUCAGAUUGGAGGACAGCCCCUCCCGGAAGACUAUUAUGCCGUAACAUAUGGCGAGUACAGGCCCACGAAACCCUACCCAGUCUCGGGCGUUGCCGCCUAUGUCGCUGUCUCGACAGCGAUCGUACUGUAUCUUUGUGCGAUGCUGGGCACAGUCAACCCCAAAGAGGCGAUCGAGCCGCCCGGCCUUCUGGCUCUGUCACGAUGGCCUACAGAGCUCGCCGCCAAGGUAUAUGGCACGAAGGAAAGUCUCUCCAAGGCAGGCAAGAAGCGGGUCUUUCUGCACGAAACGGGACCUAAGGAGUGGGCUCUGAGUUCCGACAAGUCCGUAGCCCCAGCGGUGGUUCACCUUCCGUAUCAAUCAGACUCCCAACCUUCCUCAGGCUCGGAAGAAAUGGUUGAGAAGCCCUCCCACCUCCGCAAGUCGAGCUAUGGUCCUCGACCCUCCAUGCCCAAGCGUCUCUCCUCCUCCUCUAGCAAACGUCACUCGGAUAGCUAUCGUGUCAGUCGUCCAAGCUACUCUUCACGACCUAGCUACCAAAGUCGACCUAGCUAUCAAAGUCGACCUAGCUACCACUCCAAGCAGAGCUACAGUCCACCACUACGCCCAAUCUCAAGCUCAAGCUCAAGCCCAGGCCCAAGUCCGAACUCGGGUUCACGCCCGGCCUACCCUUCUCGCCCGAGCUACACCUCCCGCCCUAGCUACCACUCUCGCCCUAGCUCACGCGAUAGACCUUCCUUGUCUAGGUCUAGGUCGCAAGAAGAGUACUUUGAGCCAGAGUACGUACCGGAGAUGUACGAGAGUCGCAGAUGAGGGCUCAGGUCAGAAGUGCUCUUCUAGUUGUGGGGUUGUAUUGCUCUCAUCACUUUCCAUGUUCCAGGCACCAGAAAUUCCCAUGUCAUCAUGUCACUGUUCUUCUGUUUAUCCACGUCACCGUCCUCUGCUCGUUCAAUGGUCAUCUCUUCAUUCGAUACUCGCCUUCUUACCCCCUUUUCAGCGUGACCUGCAGUGAGCGGCAGGAAAAUCUGUAAACGAUCUGCUCACCGCCUCUGGACUAUCAG